CUCCAUCGCCAAUAUUUUAACCUAAGAAAUCCAUGUCCUAGCAGUUAUUCUGUACGUUUCACUAACUCUACCUCUCUUCACGUCAGCAUUUAGUCACAUUCUUAUUGGUGCACCACAAUUGAUGGAGUACAUAUUGAAACAUAUUAAUAUUUCUCUGCUCAGUAAUCCGUUUUAUUUUGGACUCUUCUCUCCAUAAAACCCUGAGAGGGAAAAAGGUUAAACUUAAACCCUAUAAGACCUGAGAAACACCGCGUCACUGAGUUAGAACGGCUACACGACUUGCUCCGAGUUUCUUUCAAUGGCCAAUAUGGACAGUUCUCGAGCCUUUGUUAAAGACGUUAAGCGUCUCGUCAUCAAGGUUGGAACUGCUGUUGUUACUCGAAAUGACGGACGAUUAGCACUUGGAAGAUUAGGAGCACUAUGUGAGCAGAUUAAAGAAUUGAACUCUCAAGGAUAUGAGAUUAUUUUGGUGACAUCAGGUGCUGUUGGCCUUGGUCGCCAAAGGCUAAGAUACAGGAGGCUAGUCAACAGCAGCUUUGCCGAUCUUCAGAAACCCCAAGUAGAACUUGAUGGAAAGGCAUGUGCAGCCGUUGGACAAAAUAGUCUAAUGGCCCUGUAUGAUUCAUUGUUUAAUGAGCUGGAUAUUUCUUCUGCUCAACUUCUUGUAACAGACAGUGAUUUUAGAGAUAAAGAUUUUAGGAAGCAACUAAAUGAAACGGUGAAGUCUUUAUUAUCGCUGAAAGUUAUUCCAAUAUUUAAUGAAAAUGAUGCCGUCAGUACCAGGAAAGCUCCAUAUGAGGAUUCUUCUGGUAUAUUUUGGGAUAAUGACAGUUUAGCAGCUUUACUGGCAUUGGAGCUAAAAGCUGAUCUGCUUGUUUUGUUGAGUGAUGUAGAGGGUCUUUACAGUGGCCCUCCAAGUGAUUCAAAAUCAAAGCUAAUCCACACAUAUGUUAAGGAAAAGCAUCAGACUGAGAUUACCUUUGGAGACAAGUCGAGGGUGGGUAGAGGGGGUAUGACUGCAAAAGUAAAAGCUGCUGUCAAUGCAGCUUAUGCUGGCAUUCCUGUUGUUAUCACCAGUGGAUUUGCUGCUGAGAACAUAAUAAAAGUCCUCCAAGGACAACGAAUUGGUACUCUCUUUCAUCAAGAUGCACAUUUGUGGGAACCGACUAAAGAAGUUGGUUCCCGUGAAAUGGCAGUUGCAGCAAGAGAAAGUUCCAGACGACUUCAGGCAUUGUCUUCACAAGAGCGGAAAAAGAUUUUACUAGACAUAGCUGAUGCUCUUGAAGCAAAUGAAAAAUUGAUCACUAUUGAGAAUGAAGCUGAUGUUGCUGCUGCACAAGAGGCUGGAUAUGAGAAAUCCUUGAUAUCUCGGCUAGUAUUGAAGCCUGGGAAGAUUUCGAACCUUGCAAAGUCAAUUCGUGUGCUUGCUAACAUGGAAGACCCAAUUGGCCGUGUUUUGAAGAAAACACAGGUUGCAGAUGGACUUAUUUUGGAGAAAACAUCAAGUCCUUUGGGUGUUCUUUUGAUUGUUUUUGAAUCUCGACCUGAAGCACUUGUACAGAUAACCUCAUUAGCUAUCCGAAGUGGGAAUGGGCUACUCUUGAAAGGGGGAAAGGAGGCCAAGCGGUCAAAUGCUAUUUUGCAUAAGGUAAUAACCGAAGCCAUUCCAGACACUGUUGGGAGCAAAGUUAUUGGACUUGUGACUUCAAGAGAUGAGAUUCCUGACCUUUUGAAGCUUGAUGAUGUGAUUGAUCUUGUGAUCCCAAGAGGCAGCAACAAACUUGUUUCUCAAAUCAAGAGUUCAACUAAAAUUCCUGUUCUUGGUCAUGCAGAUGGAAUUUGCCAUGUAUAUGUUGAUAAGUUUGCUGAUAUUGAAAUGGCAAAGCAGAUUGUUUUGGAUGCAAAAAUAGAUUAUCCUGCUGCUUGUAAUGCAAUGGAGACUCUUCUUGUACACAAGGACUUAGUGCAGAGCGGUGCACUGAAUGAGCUAAUCGUUGAUCUUCGUAUAGAAGGUGUUAUGUUAUAUGGCGGACCGAGGGCAAGUUCCUUGUUGAAAAUCCCACAGGCACGCUCAUUUCAUCAUGAAUACAAUUCAUUGGCCUGCACUGUUGAAAUAGUGGAUGACGUCGGUGCAGCCAUCCAUCAUAUCCAUCAUAAUGGAAGUGCACACACGGAUUGUAUCAUCACAGAAGACCAAGAAAUUGCAGAAAUCUUCCUGAAUCAAGUUGACAGUGCUGCUGUUUUCCACAAUGCAAGCACAAGAUUCUGCGACGGGGCUCGAUUUGGGCUAGGAGCAGAGGUUGGGAUAAGUACAAGUAGGAUUCAUGCUCGGGGUCCUGUCGGUGUUGAAGGAUUGUUAACAACAAGAUGGAUUCUCAAAGGAAGUGGGCAGGUGGUGGAUGGUGAUAAAGGGGUCAUUUACACCCACAAAGACAUACCUGUUGACUCUUAAAAAUGGAUCAGAAAAAGCCUAAAAUGCAGAGGGAAAGUGCGUGAAGCUGCUUUGAUAGGAUUCAACUUUCUUCUUUUUCCUCUCUGUCUUAUCCUUUAGUUUCAAGGGGCAGGAUUGGUCAUUGCGUCAUUAUUAUACUAUUAUUAUUCUUUUAUUAUUAUUAUUAUGAAAUUCUUGCUAUGGUUAAUUCUUAUGUUUUUAAUUUAGGAAUAAGUAAAAUUUUUUUUCAAGUGUGAUAACUAGAAAUUAGGAGUAAUUUGUUUGGGGAGACUUGAAAGAAGAAAAGAAUGUUAGUGUGUUAUUUGUGAGUUUUUUCAGGAAUUGUGUUAAAGUACUAAUAAUCCCAUCCAAUUAUUUUCUUUUACUAUAUUUUGGGAAUUUCCCAGGAUUUUAGACUAAGAAUAUAAGAUCCAUAAAUUAAUAAAUUUUAGAUUUAGCAAUAUA